AUGUCAUCAACUAAUUUGAAACACCCAUCAGGAUCCUUUAGUCACAAGUCAUUGUCAAAUUCAAGUUUAGGCGAUGGACAAAGCGUGUAUUGUGUAUGUCGAUCGAGCGAUUGUUCAACAUUCAUGAUCGCGUGUGACGUAUGUAAUAUCUGGUAUCAUGGUAAUUGUAUUGGUAUGAGUGAAAAAGAAUCAGCUAAAGUGGAAAAUUUCUUUUGUCAUCAAUGUCGUCAUAAGAAGCCUAGUUUACAAAUCAAAUACACCAAACCGUUAAAAGAAAUUGAAGAGAAACUAAGUAAAUGUAUUCGGCGAAGACUACGCAAAGAAGCUGAAUUGUUAAACCCUUCACUAAAACAAAUGGAUGCACCAUCGCUUACUCGAGAACAUUCAAGUAGUGCUGAUCAAUUUGUUAACGAAGAUUCCACAAGUAAUCAAUCGGAUUCAUCGUCAUCAUCCGCGAAUCUUAUGGCACGACAAAAACAAGUUUUACAUGGCAAUACUUCGCAUACAAAUCGUUCGAAUGAUGAACAUGAAGUCAAACAUACGACAAAACGUACAUUGACUACAAAAAAUGUUAGCACCAAUGAAAAACGGAAACGAAAUGUUAGUGGAAGUGGAAUUGUUACUAUUAAACGCGAACCACAAGUGAACUUCAAUGAUGAUGAUGAUACGAAGAAUCUCAGUGCGCGACGUCGUCGACGUCGUACAACUGAACCUCCUCCACGGCAAUGUUACGGACCAGGUUGUGUUUUCGAAGCACGUCCAGCGUCAAAAUAUUGUUCAGACAAAUGUGGAUUAGAAUUAGCACGAAAUCGAUUACUACAAUUUCUUCCGAUGCGUUUAAUGCAAUGGCAAACUAUUCCUUCAGUUGCUGAUACUUUGAAUAAAGCAGCCAUGGAAGAAAUUCGCAUUGAAAUCGAUCAAAUCAAACAACGUUUAACGGUGCUCGACGAACGACAACGACAAUUAGAUGAAAUUAUCGAACGUGGCAAACAGUUAAAAGCCACCAAAGAUGCUGAUAAAGUUGAUGCUGCAAAUGAUGAACCAGAUGGCAUGUGUUUUUGUAUUUUAUGUAAUCAAGAAAUUAGUCAAAAGUCUUAUAUACGUCAUGUUGAUAAAUGUUUUAUUCGGUUUGAAAGUCAAGUCUCGUAUGGCUCAAAUGUGAAGUCAAAUAUCGAAGGGCUGUUCUGUGAUAAUUAUGAUCGGACAAAUAAUCUCUAUUGUAAACGAUUGAAGGUCAUUUGUCCUGAACACGCUCGCGAUCCAAAAAUAAGUCCUGAUGAAGCAUGUGGAUGUCCAUUAGAGAAGAAUCUAUUCGAAGUAUCGGACGAAUUAUGUACAGCACCAAAACGCGCGUGCUCGAAACAUUUCAAAUGGGAUCGACAUCGGCGCGCCCAAAUUGAUCUUGAACGACUUCAUGAGUUAAUGCGUUUUGAAGAAUUGGUCGAAAAAGAAAAUCGAUUACGAACAGCUUUGAAUGAACGUGGUUCGGUCGCAGGACUUCUUUUACACAAAACAACAGCUCAUUAA